AUGGCCAAACCUUAUGAAUUUAACUGGCAGAAGGAAGUUCCUUCCUUUUUGCAAGAAGGAGCCGUUUUUGACAGAUAUGAAGAGGAAUCCUUUGUGUUUGAACCCAACUGCCUCUUCAAAGUGGAUGAAUUUGGCUUCUUUCUGACCUGGAGGAGUGAAGGCAAGGAAGGACAAGUGCUAGAAUGCUCCCUCAUCAACAGUAUUCGAUUGGGAGCCACCCCCAAGGAUCCCAAAAUCCUCGCCGCUCUUGAAGCUGUUGGAAAGUCAGAGAACGAUCUGGAAGGGCGGAUAGUUUGUGUCUGCAGUGGCACAGAUCUGGUGAACAUCAGUUUCACGUACAUGGUGGCUGAAAAUCCAGAAGUAACUAAGCAAUGGGUAGAAGGACUGAGAUCAAUCAUACACAACUUCAGGGCCAACAAUGUCAGUCCAAUGACCUGCCUCAAGAAACACUGGAUGAAAUUGGCGUUUAUGACCAACACAAAUGGUAAAAUUCCAGUUAGGAGUAUUACUAGAACUUUUGCAUCGGGGAAAACAGAAAAGGUGAUCUUUCAAGCACUCAAGGAGUUAGGUCUUCCCAGUGGAAAGAAUGAUGAAAUUGAGCCUGCGGCAUUUACUUAUGAAAAGUUCUAUGAACUGACACAAAAGAUUUGUCCUCGGACAGAUAUAGAGGAUCUUUUUAAAAAAAUCAAUGGAGACAAAACUGAUUAUUUAACGGUAGACCAAUUAGUGAGCUUUCUAAAUGAACAUCAGCGAGACCCUCGACUGAAUGAAAUUUUAUUCCCAUUUUAUGAUGCUAAAAGGGCGAUGCAGAUCAUCGAGAUGUAUGAGCCUGAUGAAGAUUUGAAGAAAAAAGGCCUCAUAUCAAGUGAUGGGUUUUGCAGAUAUCUGAUGUCAGAUGAAAAUGCCCCAGUCUUCCUGGAUCGUUUAGAACUUUACCAAGAAAUGGACCAUCCUCUGGCCCACUACUUCAUCAGUUCUUCCCAUAAUACCUAUCUCACGGGCCGACAGUUUGGCGGGAAAUCUUCAGUAGAAAUGUACAGACAGGUUCUCCUGGCUGGUUGCAGAUGUGUUGAACUUGACUGUUGGGAUGGAAAAGGUGAAGACCAAGAACCAAUAAUAACUCAUGGAAAAGCAAUGUGUACAGAUAUCCUUUUUAAGGAUGUUAUUCAAGCCAUCAAGGAAACUGCAUUUGUCACAUCCGAAUAUCCUGUAAUUCUCUCCUUUGAAAAUCACUGCAGCAAAUAUCAACAGUACAAGAUGUCCAAAUAUUGCGAAGAUCUAUUUGGGGAUCUCCUGUUGAAACAAGCACUUGAAUCACAUCCACUUGAACCAGGUAGGCCCUUACCAUCCCCCAAUGACCUCAAAAGAAAAAUACUCAUCAAAAAUAAACGGCUGAAACCUGAGGUUGAAAAAAAACAGCUCGAGGCUUUGAAAAGCAUGAUGGAAGCUGGAGAAUCUGCCGCCCCAGUUAGCAUCCUCGAGGAUGAUAAUGAAGAGGAGAUAGAAAGUGCUGACCAAGAGGAGGAAGCUCACCCUGAAUACAAAUUUGGAAAUGAACUUUCUGCUGAUGACUUGGGUCACAAGGAGGCUGUUGCAAAUAGUGUCAAGAAGGCUUCGGAUGACCUUGAACAUGAAAUCAACAAAAAGGGUCUGGUUACUGUGGAAGAUGAACAGGCAUGGAUGGCAUCUUAUAAAUAUGUAGGUGCUACCACUAAUAUCCAUCCAUAUUUGUCUACAAUGAUCAACUAUGCACAGCCUGUAAAGUUCCAAGGUUUCCAUGUGGCUGAAGAGCGCAAUAUCCAUUAUAACAUGUCUUCUUUUAACGAGUCCGUCGGUCUGGGCUACUUGAAGACACACGCAAUUGAAUUUGUGAAUUAUAACAAACGGCAAAUGAGCCGCAUUUACCCCAAGGGAGGCCGGGUCGAUUCCAGUAAUUACAUGCCUCAGAUUUUCUGGAAUGCUGGUUGCCAGAUGGUUUCACUGAACUAUCAAACCCCAGAUUUAGCGAUGCAAUUGAAUCAGGGAAAAUUUGAGUAUAAUGGAUCAUGUGGAUACCUCCUCAAACCAGAUUUCAUGAGACGGCCCGAUCGAACAUUCGAUCCCUUCUCUGAAACUCCUGUCGAUGGGGUUAUUGCAGCCACUUGCUCAGUGCAGGUCAUAUCAGGUCAGUUUUUAUCAGAUAAGAAAAUUGGUACAUACGUAGAAGUGGAUAUGUAUGGGUUGCCCACCGACACCAUACGUAAGGAAUUCCGAACUCGCAUGGUGAUGAACAACGGACUCAAUCCAGUUUACAAUGAAGAAUCAUUUGUUUUUCGGAAGGUAAUCCUCCCUGACCUGGCAGUCUUGAGAAUAGCAGUGUAUGAUGACAACAACAGGCUGAUAGGCCAGAGGAUUCUUCCGCUGGAUGGCCUCCAAGCAGGCUAUCGACACAUUUCCCUUCGAAACGAGGGAAAUAAACCAUUAUCACUGCCAACAAUUUUCUGCAAUAUUGUUCUUAAAACAUAUGUGCCUGAUGGAUUUGGAGAUAUUGUGGAUGCUUUAUCAGAUCCAAAGAAAUUUCUUUCCAUUACGGAAAAGAGAGCAGACCAAAUGAGAGCUAUGGGCAUUGAAACUAGUGACAUAGCAGAUGUGCCCAGUGAUACUUCUAAGAAUGACAAGAAAGGAAAAGCCAACACUGCCAAAGCAAACGUGACGCCACAGAGCAGCUCCGAGCUCAGACCAACCACCACGGCGGCCCUGGGGUCUGGCGUGGAAGCCAAGAAAGGUAUCGAACUUAUCCCUCAAGUAAGGAUAGAAGAUUUAAAGCAGAUGAAGGCUUACCUGAAGCAUUUAAAGAAACAACAGAAGGAACUAAAUUCUUUAAAGAAGAAACAUGCAAAGGAGCAUAGCACGAUGCAGAAGUUGCACUGCACACAAGUUGACAAAAUUGUGGCACAGUAUGACAAAGAGAAGUCGACGCAUGAGAAGAUCCUAGAGAAGGCCAUGAAGAAGAAGGGGGGAAGUAAUUGUCUCGAAAUGAAAAAAGAAACCGAAAUUAAAAUUCAGACACUGACAUCAGAUCACAAAUCUAAGGUCAAAGAGAUAGUGGCCCAGCACACAAAGGAGUGGUCAGAAAUGAUCAACACCCACAGUGCUGAGGAGCAAGAAAUCCGGGACCUGCACCUCAGCCAGCAGUGUGAGCUCCUGAGAAAGCUACUGAUCAAUGCCCAUGAGCAGCAAACCCAGCAGCUGAAACUGUCCCAUGACAGGGAAAGCAAGGAAAUGCGAGCACACCAGGCUAAGAUUUCUAUGGAAAACAGCAAAGCCAUCAGCCAAGAUAAAUCUAUCAAGAACAAAGCAGAACGGGAAAGGCGAGUCAGGGAGUUAAAUAGCAGCAACACCAAAAAGUUUCUGGAAGAAAGAAAAAGACUCGCAAUGAAGCAGUCCAAAGAAAUGGAUCAAUUGAAAAAAGUCCAGCUUGAACACCUAGAGUUCCUAGAGAAACAGAAUGAGCAGCUAUUGAAAUCCUGCCAUGCAGUGUCCCAAACACAAGGCGAAGGAGAUGCAGCAGAUGGGGAAGUUGGAAGCCGAGAUGGACCGCAGACCAGCAACAGUAGUGUGAAUCUCCAAAACGCAAACUGAGGCAGCAAAACCUCCCAGCAUCAAGAGAUCACCCCCAACCUUCCCAACCCAGAUGUCAUGCAAGACGGCUGUUGCCUUUUGGGUUUCCUUUAUGUACAGACAAGAUGUUACACCUGAACCCACAGCGACUUACAUAUGUCUGUGUAACAUUUUGAGUAUUGGGUUUCUUUGGCCAACCAAAAGUAGCUCCGAAUCCACCAAAAUUACUAUCCCAGUGAGGCAGAGUUUAACCUUGAUAUUACAACUUAAACAUGUUUGCUAUAAAAUACCAUCACAAGUGAAUGAACUUGGUGUAAACAACUCCGCUC